AUGGACGACGGAUUAACGAACGCGUCGCGUGCAAUCGCAGCACAGAACGGCGUGGGCGCGAAAGGUGACCACGACGAUGGCGACGCGGAUGAUGUGAUUGUAACGGUGGACCCUCUCCGCGUGAAGCGCGUGCGGCAGAUGGACGUCACCGGCAGCGAGGACCACGUGCUCGACCCCCCCGAGGGAGAGCGCAUGCUGGCUCUUCUGGCGCAGCUGGACGGUGCGCGCGCGCGCGCAGCACAGAGGAAGGGCGCGCGGGGGGGGAAGGGGGGCCGGAAACGGCGGGACAGGGGGGAGGCGGAUGGGGAUGCUGGCGGGGACGAGAAUGAGCGGGUGAAGGGGAGGAAAGGGCAGGGAGGGGGAGGGGAGGACUUGAAAGGAGGUGGGGGAAAGGCAGCAGGCGCAGGGGGAGCUGGGGGGAAGGCAGUGGCGGAGGCACAUGGGGAGUGGGCGUGGCAGGGGGUGAUGUCACAGUUGACGUCAGCACAGGAGGAGCUGAGGGUGAUAGUGGAUCUGGUGAAUGCGGUGGAGAGCGGUGCAGAGGGGCUGGCUGUGAGUGGCGUGUCGAAGCCAAAGCAGCAUGCAGCAGAGAUGAGCUCCGAGCUCACAGCCCGGCUGGCAGGCAAACUCACGCUGCUGCAGGUGGGUGCAGUGCGGUUCAGUGUGCUCGUCUCUUCCCCUCCCCGGUUGCCAGUUUCCGCUCCUGUCUGUUCCGCCUCCUCUCCCUUUUCCCUCUCCUCUGCUCCUCUCAUCCAUUCUCCCCGUUCUCGCCUUCCCCUCAUGACUGUCGCCAUUCUUCUCCUUCGCCCUGAUGUGGGGGGAGGCUUGCUGCACGCAGCAGCACGCCUCACACAGCAAGUCAGCGACGACGCACCGUUCUACACCGCACUCCAGCGCAUACAGCAUCGGUGGAAGGUGAAGCGCACCCACCCUGCCCUCGCCCCUCCGCCCACCCCUCUCUCCGCCGCCUCCUCAACCGCAGCUGGCUUUGCUGCUGACGUCACAGUGCAAUCGCUGCUCCUCUCCCUCCCUCACGCGCCCUCUCUACCUGCCAGCAUGCCUCUCAUACCCGCUACAAGCCUCCCCUUUACCUCAUUAAGACUCGAUAGGGACAAGCAGGGAAUGCUCCGGGCUGCUCCGCCUGAAGGCCAGCCAAUCAGGAGGCUCCAUGUCAGCGUGUUUGGGAGGGAAGCAGGCGGAGACAAUGGGGGGGAUGGUGGUGCUGGUGCUCGCAUUAGCAGUGAGGGGUUGGUGGGGAAGGGGGGAGAGGAGGAAGGCGAGGGUGGGAGGAUGGCAGAGGGGAAGGAAGGGGAGGAGGGGGCGGAGGAGAAGGAGGAAGGGGGUGUAGGGAGGGCGGUGCGCCAGGCUCACGAGCUUCUGAGGGCCGCGCAACGAUCGUGGUUUGACUGGCAGUCAGCAGCUGCAAGGGUGUAUCUAGGGGAGGCUUAUCUGUUGCUCCAGCAGCAGGCACAGGAAAGAGCGAGGAAUCUUCGCUUUCAGUUGCUAGACUCGGAAAUUGAAGGGGAGGGGGAAGGGGAGGAGGAGAGGGAGGGAGGUGAUGGGGGGACUGGGAUGCGGUGUGGGGGAGGGGGGGAGAGGGGGGAGGCACGGGUACGGGCAGCAGGGGGGCUGGAGUGGUGGGGGAGGAGUGAGGGGGGGGGGGAGGGGGGAGUGCGAUGGGGGGACCAGCGGGAAGCGGGAGGAAGGCGUCAGGAUGGGGAUGGGCAGGGGGCGGGGGAGGGGGAGGCAGCGGCGGUGGCACUGGUGCUGGCGGUGCUGCUGCUGGCGCUGGUGGCGGUGGUGGUGGGAGUGAGGUGGGGAUGGGUGUGGGGGUGGUGGAGUUGCUGUGGGGGGCAGCGGCACACAGGGCAAAGAAAAGGGCUGUGGAGCGAUGCCUGUUGCGCAUGGUAUGGUGGUGCUGGGAGUGUGUGCCAUGCAUGGUAUGGUGGUGCUGGGAGUGUGUGCCAUGCAUGGUAUGGUGGUGCUGGGAGUGUGUGCCAUGCAUGGUAUGGUGCUGCUGGGAGUGUGUGCCAUGCAUGGUAUGGUGCUGCUGGGAAUAUGUGCCAUGCGCGCUUCUCCCCCUACUCUGCUCCCCAUGCCGCUUCUCCCCCUACUCUGCUCCCCAUGCCGCUUCUCCCCCUACUCUGCUCCCCAUGCCGCUUCUCCCCCUACUCUGCUCCCCAUGCCGCUUCUCCCCCUACUCUGCUCCCCAUGCCGCUUCUCCCCCUACUCUGCUCCCCAUGCCGCUUCUCCCCCUACUCUGCUCCCCAUGCCGUUUCUCCCCCCACUCUGCUCCCCAUGCCAUUUUCCCCCCCACUGCCCUGGCCCGUCCACCAGGCGCGUCUCUGCCUGCACCUGACAGUCUGCUCACAUGCCACCCACCACCCCACCAUCGCUGCCUGGACUCUCUCCUUCCGCUCUCCUUCCUCCUGCACCGCUCUGCACCGCACUCACGGGGCACACGGUGGGCGGCUGGGCGAGGCGGAGAGAGGGGUGGGCGGGACAGGGGGAGGGGGGGGAGCAGAGGGGCAGGGAGGAGGAGAGGAGGACGAGGGGAGAGGUGGAGGAAAUGGAGAGGCGACGAGACUGGGAGAGAGGGAGGGUAUUGUUGAGGUAGAAGCAGGUGUGGAGGGUGGGGGCUGUGAUGUGGGAGGUGACAGGCAGGGCACGGUGGGAGGUGCGGCAGCAGAGGAACCAGCAGCGGCAGCAGCUGCAGCUGCGGGGGCUGCUGAGGAUGAUGGGGAGUUGCUCCAGGGGGAAAGGAGGGGAGAGGAGAAAGAGAGGAGUGGGGGAGCAGGGAGUGGGGGCGCGGGGGAGAGCGAGUGGGAGUGGGAGGUGGCGGUGCAGCUGAGAGACGUGGAGCUCUCUGUGCUGCCCACCGUGGAGGCCACAUGGUCACAUGCUGCUGUUGGUGCAAAUGCACAUGCUCAUUCACACACCGCCCGCCCUCUUCACCACACACACCCACGCGCACGCCUUCUCUCGCUCCCCACUGUGCUGCCCUCCCUGCCCGACCUCUCCUCACUGCUGCUCCACCGCGUCACCUCCUCCUGCCUCUCCUCCCUCCUCGCCCACGCCCACUCCCUCUCCCUCCCCGCAUCUGCCUCCCUGUCUUCCCUUUCCUUCACCACCGCGUCGCACCGCUCUGGACCACAUCAAGGUGGGGGUAUUACCACCGGGAGCAGCAGCAUGGGGGGCUGUGGCGCCGGUGCGGAGGAGCAGGAGUGCUGCUUGGUGGCGCGCCCGGAUGCGGCUGCCGGCUGUGUGGUCUGGUGGAUGGCUCCUAGAGAGCGCGCCCUUGCAGCGCUGCACGCACGUGCCGUGGCAGGCAGGAGGCCAGGCACGCCACGAGGCGGCGAGCGAGUGGGGUAUCCGGGGAGGAGCAACGGUGCUGCGAGCCGCGCGGGGGACGAGGAGGGAGAUGUGGGGGAGGAGGGGGGUGUGGUGCUGCUGGGAGCGUUGGGAGUGGAUGAGCUUAAAGAUGUGAUCACCAGAGCAGCCCUUUGCUAG